UUGCCUCACUAACUUCAUGAGAUAAGAGGGUAGGAGGGAGAUACAGCUCCGUGUUAUAAAAGAUGAUGUCCAAGUUGCUUAUACCACCUCUGGAUUUCACCAUGUGGCUCUAUCUCUGUCUCCUGGUAGCCCUGGCUGCUGGCGAGAACAUAAAUUAUGAGCCUUUCCUGAACUCUAAAAAAACCUAUGAGUAUAAAUAUGAAGGAUUGGUGCGAGUGGGACGAGAAUUGCCAGACUUGGUUGAGUCAGCUCUGAAGCUGAGGUGCACUUUUAAAAUCAUUGGUGAAUCACCACAAACCUUUGUGCUUCAGAUCUCAAAUGUAGAUGUUGAAGACUUUAAUGGCUUACCCAGGAAAAGUGUCUUCAGCCCUUCCCAAAAGCUCACUAAACGUCUAUCUGCCGAGUUCAGCCAGCCAAUCGUUUUUGAAUUCUCUAAGGGCCAAAUUACCGACAUUCGCACAGCGCCUGGAGUCUCAAAUACAGUUGUAAAUAUUGUGAGGGGGAUCCUUGGAUUUCUACAAGUCACAGUCAAAACCACACAAAGUUUUUACGAACUGGUGGAGUUGGGAAUUCAUGGUGUAUGUCAAAGCAGUUACACUGUUGAAGAAGACAAUAAUGCCAAAGAGUUGAAAGUGACCCAAAUGGUUGAUAUCACCAACUGUCAACAGCCAGCUGCUUUGUACCGAGGUAUGGCACUCGCCCCUGAAGACAAACUUAGCAAACAGCGAGGUGAGAGUGUUGUUUCAACGGUGAAACACACCUACACAGUGAAGUCCACGGCAGAUGGCGGUUUGAUCACUAAAGCGUUUGCUCAGGAGCGUCAAUACUUCUCACCAUUCAAUGUAAAGGGAGGAAACUCCCGAAUGAUAGCCUUACGGGACAUUCAGCUACUCAAAGUUUCAGACACAACUGACAAAAUAGUGACCGGACAGGUCCAGAGCAGAGGCAACCUGAUGUAUAGGACUGAAAAGGACCUCAAACCAAUACCUGUUUUGAUGAUCAACCUGAAUGAUCCAGUCCCAAAGAUUCUAGAUUUAAUUAAGCAGCUGGCACAGGCUAACAUAUAUCAAGUGGACAGCUCAAGCAGCACUGAGGUUCUGAAUCUAAUUCAAUUGCUACGUGUGGCAACACUUGAGAAUAUAGAGCAGAUAUGGAAGCAGGUCUCAGGAGAUGAUGAGCACAGGAGGUGGUUCCUAGACUUGGUUGUGGAGGUAACAGAUGAAAGGAUCCUCAAAUUCCUUGAGACCAGAUUUAAAGCAGGAGACAUUACAGCGAAUGAGGCAGGACAGGCACUUGUAGUGGCAUUUAACCACUUGUCUGCUGAGCCUGUGUCUGUGGCAUUAGCUCAGGAGUUCCUGACAAUUCCUUUCAGUAAAUCCCAACCUCUCCUGUGGAACACUGUGGUGCUGGCGUAUGGUUCUUUAGUGUACAGAUACUGCGUGUAUACUGAUCCCUGCCCUGUCACUGUGGUGCAGCCAUUGCUGGAUAUGGCUACAAGUGGACUAAGUAAAAACUCGGAGCAGGAUAUGGUCCUUGCACUGAAGGCUUUGGGAAAUGCAGCUCAUCCAUCCAGCAUCAAGACUAUUCUAAAGUUCCUUCCAGGCUACGCAUCUGGAGCUGAAAAACUUCCAACUAGAGUACAGAGUACUGGGGUCCAGGCACUUAGACUACUUGCAAGCAGGGACCCACACAGUGUACAGGACAUUGUCUUGAACCUCUUUGUACAGAGGACUCUUCCUGCUGAAAUCCGCAUGUUGGCCUGCAUGGUGCUUCUAGAAACCAAGCCAUCCAUAGCUCUGAUCUCAGUAAUAAGUGAGGUUCUCUUAGAGGAGGUUGACCUGCAGGUCGCCAGCUUCUCCUACUCUCUACUCAAAGGCAUUGCCAAGUCCCGCACCCCUGAUAAUCAACAUCUAUCCACUGCCUGUAAUAUUGCUAUGAAGAUUCUGACCCCCAAACUUGGCCACCUGAGUUAUCGUUACAGCAAGAAUAUGCACUUCGACUGGUUCCAUGAUGACUUUUUAUUUGGGACAUCUGCCGACAUUUAUAUGCUGCAAAAUGAAAGCCUUAUACCUACUAAACUUAUGCUUAAGGGAAAAAUUCAUUUCAUUGGAAGAAUACUGCAAUUUCUUGAGUUUGGUGUCCGUGCAGAUGGACUGAACGAGCUGUUAGUGGGGAAAAUCCCUCAACUCAAGAAAGAUUUAGGAAUCACAGAUUUUGCCACUAUAAUGAAAAUCCUCUCUGACUGGCAGAACCUACCAAAAGACAAACGUUUGCUAACAGCGUAUGCACGCGUGUUUGGACAAGAAGCUUUUUUAAUGGAUGUAAGCGGAGACUCCAUUCAGAACAUCAUAAAGUCAUUUAGUCCUUCUGCAGGGAAGGAGAGUAUGGUUUGGGAAAAGAUUCAGGAUGUUCAAAAAGGAACUUCCUGGCACUGGACCAAGCCACACCUUUUGUAUGAAGCUCGAUUCAUACAGCCCACUUGUCUUGGUCUCCCAGUUGAAAUCAGCAAAUACUUUUCCAUACUAAAUACUGUUACAAUGAAAGCUAAAGCUGAAAUGAAUCCUCCUCCCAAGGAACAUCUGAGUGAGCUGCUAAACUCAGACAUUUCCCUACACACAGAUGGCUCUGCAGGGGUGACAAAGGAUCAUUUUGUCUUUCAUGGAAUCAACACAGAUCUUUUCCAGUGUGGUGUAGAGCUGAAAAGUAAAAUGUUAAGUGCCCUGCCAUGGGCAUUUGACUUGAAAAUAAACAUGAAGGAGUAUAAAUAUGAAAUGAACCUGACUCCAAGCAAAACAGCCACUGAAUUAUUUUCAGUCAAUUCUAAUGCGUUUGCUGUUUUGAGAAACAUUGAGGAUCCAUCUUCAUUCAAAAUAACUCCCAUGAUGCCAGAGACAGAGGGCUCCCAACAGGGUCUGCCACUAUCCAGGAUUUUAUCCACAUCAAGGGAUGAUCAGAAAGAGGACUCUGAGGUGAAAUUCAGGCAAUGUGCUGAUGCUAAGAUUUAUGGAACUGCUGUCUGCGUUGAGGCUGAAGCCAAACGGUCACACUACCAUCAUGAAUAUCCUCUGUAUUACUUCCUGGGACAGACACGCUUUUCAUAUCAACUAGAACCAGCUAAGGGUGCCAAACCCAUUGAAAAAAUUCAGAUUCAGGUCACUGCUGGCAGAAAACAUCCUCCAGGAGUCACUGCAAUGAUUAAUCUACUCCACAGAGUAUUCAAGGAUUUAGAUGCCACUCCAGAACCUGUAGUCACAGUAAAAGCACUUGGUUUGAGUCCGCCAGCAAAACCUCUGGGCUAUGAAGGUUUAGCCUUUUAUCUGCCAACAGCCCAAAGAGAUGACAUUGAAAUGAUAGUCUCCGAAGUUGGUGAAGAAGCAAAUUGGAAAAUGUGUGCCAAUGCAAAUGUAGAUAAGAGUCAUUCAUCAGCAAAGGCUCAUCUUAGAUGGGGUGCAGAGUGUCAGACAUAUGAUGUGUCCAUGAGGGUGUCUGCAGCAAGCCAGCCGGAAUCUAAACCUUCUAUAUACACCAAGAUCAACUGGGGAGCUCUGCCCUCAGUGUUCACCACAAUUGGUCAAAAAGUUCAAGAGUAUGUGCCUGGGAUUUCUUAUAUUAUGGGUUUCUACCAGAAAUAUGAGAAAAACUCAGAACACCAAGCAGCUGUCACUGUUGUGGCAUCCUCACCAGAGACAUUUGACAUGAGAGUGAAAAUUCCAGAGCGAACUAUCUACAAAAAGGCAAUUCCCUCACCUAUUGAUCUUGUGGGAUUUGAAGCUAUGAACUUCACCAUGUCAACCUAACAGUCUGGUGUUACACAGCACUUAUAGAAGACCAAAUCGACAACACAGAAAAAUAGAUCAUCUGAAUCAUUUGUGCAUUCCUGACAAUCAAUUAAUGACUAACUUGGAUAUUUAAAGAUAAAAUGUUAAAAUCAGUACUUUUGAAUUAUACUUCAAUGAAUAAAGCUUGCAUCAAGAGUU